AUGUUCCGCUCAUCGCUUUCCCUCGCCAUCUCCGGUCGUCUGAUCGGGUCUCGGAGCAUCUCCGCUGAAGCUGCCGACGAGAAGAACGCCCUGUCUCUCACUGAAACGAACGGCAUUUCGGAUGGAGACUGGAUCGACGUUGCCCACGUUGCUCCUGCGGAGCAGAGUGACGCCCUAAAGCCUACGACUCCAGAGACCAUCCUCGUUGAUGACGCUCUGACCUUCGACGACGCCAUUUUGGCCCAAGACUUCGAGACGAUUGAGUCGCUUGACCACGAGACCACCGAUUAG